AUGCGUCCUCCAACGCUCAGCCUCGUCCAUGUCAUCCUCACCACGUCCCUCGUCGCCUCCCUAGGCCACUGCGCCUACGCAGGCGCCCGCGGCCCUCUCAAGUUCCAAGGCUUCCUCCCCUUCCUCUCCCAGUCGACCCUCGGCCACAUCAACCACGGCGUUUGCAACGCCACGCUGCACCGCUACGAGGACGCAUGGCGACACGCCUCCCUCGACGCCGUCGACAAGACGUGCGUCUCGCACCAGGAAUGUCUCCUCGAGGGCAUGUCCGAGCUCGCCAAGUCCUACAUGGCCAGCUCCAGCCUCGUCCUCGGCUUCACGCCCCUCCUCUUCUCGACCCUCGGUCCGUCCAUCAGCGAGCUGAGCCUGCUCUCCCUCCAUCGCCCUGUCCUGACCGCCCUCCUGGCCUUUGGCACCGUCGGCCUCUUCCAGACCCGCGCGCUCCAGUACGACGACGACGCCGUGACCGGUAUCCUAGAAAAGCAGACGGCCCUCCCGGGGACUGUCGUCACAUGGCUGCGUGACCGACGACAUGGACAAUGGGCCGCCAGCGCAGCGCAGUAUAUCCUGGCCGCGCUGGCGGUCGCCAACCUAUGCUGGGCGUCGUGGGACCUGGGUCUGGCGUCUGGUUUGAACUUUGUCUGCCAGAGCUCCUAUAUGCCCAUUGUGUGGACGACGACGCCCAUUGUUGUCUCGCUGCCGGCUGCUGUGGCGCUCAACACCCAGACGAGACGGGGCGCCAACAAGAGGGACAUGUCGUUUCUCGCCACGUUUCGAUCCGAGGGCCGUCUCUGUCUGGGCCAGGAGCCCGUGCCGCCCGGCGCCCUGACGAGGUCGGCCUCGCUCGUCUUCUGGCACUGGGUGUCGGCCGUGCUGGGCUUCCUGCACCUCCUGACGGGUAUCCUGAUCUACUCGUCGCUCAUGUUCACCAUGACGACCGACGCGGCGGUGAUUGUCCUGCGGUAUCUAGUCUCGGUGCUGGUGUGUCGACUCAUCCUAAUCUUUGAGCUCGCGGGUCUGCAGCAGACACAUGACAAGAGAGCAAGAGAGGGAGAUCACGAUGCGUCAGUGGAUACAGCACACACUUUCUGA